CAUCACCAAGUCUGACAAUGAACAACGCAAUAGAAGAAGAGAAUGAUGUCCCCGUCCUCUCAUCUUCUGCGCUCGAUGCCCUGAAAGAAUUCUACGCUGAUCGCGAUGCACGUGCAAAGGCGUUCGAGGACCUAAAAGCUGGCGCUGAAGAUGAGGCUCAGAGUAGGGCGAAAUGGAGCAUGGAAUCAUUCCAGGAGGAUUGGAAUGAGAGUCAGUUCUGGUAUUCUGAUGAGACAGCUACGGCUUUAGCUGAAGAGUUGUUAGACGGCGCGGAAAAGGAUACGAGUAUCGCAGUGGUGUCUGCACCGAGUGUAUUUGUUCAACUGAAGAAUAUCUUGGCGGAAAAGCCAGAAGACGAACGACCAAAGAUUUGGCUUUUAGAAUACGACAAGAGAUUUGAGGUAUUCGGAGAUGAAUUUCUGUUCUAUGAUUUCAAGGACCCAUUGAAACUCCCCCCUAGUAUAAAAUCAACCAUCGACCGCAUCAUAGUCGACCCACCCUUCCUAAGUGAAGACUGCCAAACGAAAGCCGCUCUAACAGUCCGCACUCUCUUAAAAUCCCAAGACCCGACGGGCAGCAGACUAAUAGCCUGUACCGGCGAGCGCAUGUCAACUCUGAUCAACAAGCUGUAUCGAGCCCAAGGGAUCCGAACUACGACGUUCGAACCUGUGCAUGAGAAAGGGUUGAGUAACGAGUUCUUCUGCUAUGCGAACUUUGAGUGUAAGAGAUGGACAUUCAGAGUCAGCAAAGAGGGAGCGGAGACUUAAGUGUGCAUACAUGGACAAAUUGGGUAGGGAGAUGAAAACGACCGCAAUACCAGAGCAGUGAGAUGGAAGUAGCAACCGUUGGACUGUGACGAUGCAGAGACACCAAGUCUAUGUGCUGUCUGACAU